GGGUGGUACUUCGAAAGCUAUCGCGAGAAACGGAAGAUGAUUUCUUUAGUGACUUUUGAGUCUGAUUUUCUGUUUGCUGUAGCCUACAACAAGCCUGGUCAUUAUAUUUUACACUCUUCAUACAGGAGCCAAAUGGCUAGGGUAGAACUCACACCGCUGAGACCUUGGGACGAUUAUUUCCCAGGUUCCGAAAGAUUUGCUAAACCAGACGCGAGAGAUUUACCUAGAUGGAACAACAGGGUUGUCAACAACUUGCUUUACUAUCAGACAAACUAUUUUGCGAUGGCUAUCAUUGUUUUCCUUAUUGUGGGGUUCCUCAACCCUAUGGGGAUGUUCAUGGGCAUGGCGGUGGUGUCGCUGGUCUUCCUGGGUUCAGUGUGGGCUGGAGAGAAUAAGGCCAUGGUCAAGGACUUUAAGAGGCAGAACCCCACAUUAUUUGUCAUGGCAGUGAUGGUCGCCAGCUACUUUCUUAUGUCUCUCUUCGAUGGCGUCAUGGUCUUCAUGUUUGGGAUCACAUUUCCUAUUCUCUUGAUCUUUGCACACGCCUCACUUCGCCUUCGCAACAUGAAGAAUAAACUGGAGAAUAAGAUUGAGGGGGCGGGGCUGAAGAAGUCGCCAAUGGGUAUUCUACUGGAGGCGCUGGGCCAGCAGGAAGAGAGCCUGCAGAAGAUCCAGGAAUUCCUAGAGGGUAAACCCAAGGAAGGAUAAGAACUCUACACAGAAAACAAACAACACACACGCCACAGUCCCUGUGUUGUUGUAGGUCCCCUAUCAGCCUCCCUGGCCUCUGAUGAAUGGAAACGCAUUCCUUUGCACACCCCCUUUAAUGUGCAGUCUCAAUGCAUUCAGUCAAUGUUGGAAAGAAAUGAUUGUAAUACAUGUUUGAAAACUUCAGCUACAAACCGUAUAGCCUAUCUCACAUGCAGGUGUAUGUGUGUUUGUUGGUUUAGCCCAGAGAACAUGUGUUGAAAACCCAAGCUUUAGUUUUACUUCAGGAUAUUUGUUACUCCACCCAGAACUUCUCAGAACACUUCUUUCAAGUUGUGAUGACAGCAUCUCGAUACUGUCUCACAUCCUUGCUAUGCAAUUUUGCAAACAAGUUGCAAAUUAGUAUUCCUUCUUGAAUGUAUUUAUUGUGUGUGUAGGUGGGCAAAUGUUUUGAAAUCCCAUAUGCAAUAUUUACACAACCUAUUUAUACUUUGUGACUUUUGUAAAUAUAACGAGUGAAAACAUUUUGGUGUUAAAAGCACAACUGUUACCUGACAGAUUGAGGUCACCUGGUUUGAAAAAAAUAAACAAACAGAACUAUGUUUUAUUGAAUUCAAAUUAAGCAGUAGUGAAUUCUCUCUGAAGUGUAUUGAUGCAAACAUUGCAAUAUGAAACAUUCUGAUUUGUGGAGAGUAGAACAUUAUUACCUUUAUUUCUAAGCUUUACUGCCUUUCUUAUUGGCUACCGUUCUCAACAAAGGAUCUGAAGGUAAAUCUAUGCUUAAUUAUUUUCAAUUAAGAGAAACAACUGACAGGCUUGCCUAUGAAUGAGAGGUUGUGAAAUCACUAUGGAUUAUUAGUUAUUAAUUAUUGUGUCAAAUAAAUAUGUCACUGCCAAACUAUU